AUGCGCAUAACAGCAGCAACAAGCUUAUUAGCAGCACUGCUGUGCACUACCUCUGCUCUCGCCGCAGCUACCGUAGACUCGAUCCGCACCACUGAUGUCUUCGCCUGGCCCUUGACAGCACCAGCACCACUUCCCUUCGCCAAAGUCUCCUACUCCUGGCCCUCUCUCAAUGCUACAGUCGACUCAUACACUGCACCGGCAGUAAGAUCGGAUGAGACUGUACGGGUCGGUGUACACCGCGCUGACGACUGGGUCGGUGUCGCAGCCUCUGGAGCCAACUUCGGUGCUACAAAGAACCCUGCGCUGCGCUUGUUCGUCGACUCAGAGGGCAAUGUAUGGCAUGUUGGCUUCAGCACCGCUGCUGUCAAGGCUUCAGAAGGUUCGCUUGCAGUUGAGAUUGUGCCCUUGCACCAGGGACCACAAGUCGCCUUUGACAAGCCCAUUGUUGUCAACCAGCAAGGCGAGCCUGAGGCCAAAGAACCUGAAAAAUCCUUCUUGCAAAAGUACUGGUGGGCAAUUGGUCUGUUCAUCCUCGUCCAAGUCGUUAUGGGUGGUGGUGAUUCAAAAUAG